CCCAUCCAUUCCUCCUUAAUCCACCCACCCAACGCUUCUUCAACUCCCAAGGAGCAUCCGUGAUUCAUCAUAUCUACAUAUACACAUCUAUCUAUCUAUCGUCUCUGCGAUUCUCCGUAUCCCCGCGAGAGUUCAGCUUCAGGUCGAUUCUCAAAGCGUUGCGAUCUUUGGUGACGCAACCUCUUCCACUCGUCUCCACCAAGUGCUACGGUCGACGUGACCUUUCGUGAGAUCUUUCAAAUCUAUCAAGACUCCUCACGUAGUCAACAUGUCUGGCAAGCUCGACCAGUCUCUCGAUGAGAUCCUCAGCAGCCGUCGGCAGGGUAAUGCUGGCCGCCGUAAUGCGCGUCGUCGCAGUGGUGGCGCGAAGGCCGCUGCCAGCGCUGCUCCGGUCGGAGGAGUGAAGAAGAACACCAAGGGUGCGAAGCCAGCAGGAAAGGGUGCGCCCACUGGACCUGCAGGAGUAUCUGGUGAGAGCAAGAUCAUGGUGAGCGGACUGCCACCGGACGUGAAUGAAGCCCAAAUCAAGGAGUAUUUCACAAAGUCAGCAGGCCCCGUCAAGCGGGUAAUGGUGACCUACAACCAGAAUGGCACGAGCCGAGGCAUCGCUCAGGUGACAUUCAGCAGACCGGACACUGCGGCGAAGGCCGCUAAGGAGUUGAACGGACUUCUCGUCGACAAGCGCCCGAUGAGAAUCGAAGUUGUCCUCGACGCCACUCGCGCCCCAGAGAUUCCUGCACCAAAGCCGCUCACUGAGCGUGUAGCUCAACCCAAGGCCCAGCCUAAGCCAGCUACUGCGACCAAGGCCAAUGGCACAGCUGCCCGCGGUCGUGGCCGUGCUCGUGGCCGUGGUCGUAAGCCCAACAACCGUCCGAAGCCGAAGUCCGUUGAGGAACUCGACGCGGAGAUGGUGGAUUACUUUGCCAGCACUGAGAAUAGUGCCCCUGCUGCUGAAGGCGCCGCUCCUGCUGCCACCAAUGGUGCUGCUGCGCAGCCAGCUACCAAUGGUGAUGACAUGGUGGCUGAGAUAUCUUAAACGACCGGUUUUCAUUGAAUGCGCUUGAACCAGCCUCUCAGCUCUGGAAAGCGAGCAUUGACUUACCUGUACUCUAAACCCCCAUUUUGUCCGUACGACUUCAGACUUCGCAACCGUUGUCAGAAACUCUUAUUGCAGUUGUUGUUGCUGGUCUUUUUAUUACAACCCCUGCGUCUGUUAUUUUUUACGGUUUAAGUUUAUGCGCUCGGUUUCACGUUGCGGGUUUUCGGCUAUUUGAAGGGAUGGGACAAAGGGAGAAUGUAUGUACUUUUUCACCCGAACUCA